AUGAACAUCUUCCGUAUCCCCUUCCUCAUGGAGCGUUUGACCCCCGAUGGCUUGACCGGCUCUUUCGCUUCGACCUACCUCUCUGACCUGAAGUCGACCGUCGAAUUCGUUACCAACAGCGGUGCCUACGCUGUCCUUGACCCCCACAACUACGGACGUUUUGAUGGAAGCAUCAUCGAGUCCACCUCCGACUUCAAGACCUGGUGGAAGAACGUCGCUACCGAAUUCGCCGACAACGACAAGGUCAUCUUCGAUACCAACAACGAGUACCAUGACAUGGAGCAGUCCCUGGUUCUGAACCUUAACCAGGCUGCCAUCAACGGUAUCCGUGCCGCUGGUGCCACCACUCAGUACAUCUUCGUCGAGGGUAACGCCUACACUGGUGCUUGGGACUGGACUACCUACAACGAUGACCUGUCUGGCCUGACCGACAGUGAGGACAAGAUCAUCUACGAGAUGCACCAGUACCUUGACUCCGACAGCUCCGGUACUUCGGAGACCUGUGUCAGCUCCACGAUCGGCAAGGAGCGCAUCGAGAAGGCUACCGAGUGGCUGAAGACCAACAACAAGCAGGGUAUCAUCGGUGAAUUCGCUGGUGGUGUCAACUCCGUGUGUGAGGAGGCUGUCGAGGGCAUGCUCGCGUACAUGUCCGAGAACUCCGACGUCUGGGUUGGUGCUUCCUGGUGGUCUGCCGGUCCCUGGUGGGGAACCUACAUGUACUCUCUGGAGCCCACCGAUGGCACCGCCUACUCCACCUACCUGCCCAUCCUCGAGAAGUACUUCCCCAGCGGUGAUGCUUCCUCCUCCAGCUCUGCCUCUGCCUCCGUUGCCGCUGCUACCUCCGCUGUUUCCACCACCACCACUGCCGCUUUUGAGCAGACCACCACCCCCGCCACCCAGGUUGAGAUUGCCUCUUCCUCUUCUUCCUCUUCGGCCGUCGCCGCCAGCCAGACUACCCUCAGCAAGGUUAAGUCCAAGUCCAAGUCCCCUUGCAAGCUGUCCAGCGCCACCUCCAGCGCCGUCUCUAGCGCUGCCGCUGUCACCACCCCUGCCGUCGCUGCCACCACCCCUGCCGCCGCUCCUACUUCUUCCAGCGUCGCUUUCGCCACCACUUCCGUUUACGUUCCCACCACCACUGCCGCUGCCCCCAGCCAGGUUAGCUCCAGCGCUGCUGCUAGCAGCAGCGGUGUCGUCGGUGUCAGCGACCCCCAGGGUCCCUCGGCCACCAACUCUGCUGGUGAGGUGAACCAAUACUACCAGUGCGGUGGUAUCAACUGGACCGGCCCUACCGUCUGUGCCAGCCCCUACACCUGCAAGGUCCAGAACGACUACUACUACCAGUGCGUUGCUGAGUAA